AUGCUCCGCGUCGCUGGCCGGCUCCGUGGACCGCACAGUCAAGUUCCUACUUGCAGCAACGCCCUGCUACGUGAAACGCACUUGGCCACGCGGUCGGUCCACGGCAAUGAAGUAAUGGCUUUAGCCCGCGGUCAUCAGCAAAAAAUGCUGCUGCGUCGUCGAGCGAGUCGUCAAGAUGGCGUUCUUACUGCCACGAUGGGACUUGUGUCCGGUGGUCUUCUUUGCACUUCAAUCGCUGAUAGACGCGGGAAGGACGAAUGGUUCCAUAGUGUCACUACGAGUUUGUAUCAAGAUGCAUUGGAUGUGCUCUAUAGCGGCAAUGGACGACGCCAGCGUGACGCGACGUGGUCUCCAGACAAGAAUCAGAAGCUCAUUGCAAUGAUAAUGGCAGCGAAUACAGCUGUCUUUGGACUGUGGCGCGUGUCGUUUCGAUCUGCAAAGCUGCAUCAGUUCAUGUGGAGACAUUUCGCCAGCUCUUACGACGCAGUGGUCUAUGGCAAACGGUUCCACACUUUAUUGACGUCCGCGUUUAGUCAUAUUACGUUCCCUCAUUUCGGAAUCAAUAUGUUCAUGUUGUGGCAAUUUGGGCCGCACGUGUUGGCGCCAAGUAACAACGACGUUGGCGCGCGGUAUAGUCGAGCAGUGGCACAGUCGAGGGUCGCAGGAUUGGUGCGAGACGCUUACCACAACUUUCGUCGUGGACCAGAAUUAUUGUCAACUGAGAAGUUCAUGGCGUUAUACGUGACGUCUGCAAUGACAUCGUCGGCGCUAAGCGCACUGGUCUCGAAGCUGCGAGGAAGUGGAGGAGUGUUCUCGCUUGGUGCAAGUGGUGCGGUCUCAGCUGUCUUUACGGUAUCUUGUCUUCUUUUCCCAGACCAGCGGCUCCUGCUGUACGGAAUCUUUGACAUGACGUCGGCACAGAUGCUGCAGCUUUACACUGCGCUUAACAUCGUAGGUGCAGCAUUCCAGCGCAGCCUGCGCGUUGACUGCGUCGGUCACUUAGGCGGUCAGAGCGCAGGUUUUGCCUUCCAUCAAGCUCCGUCUGGCAACUAA